GCCUGAAGGAGACGACGGAGCAGCUGGUGAAGAAGAAGCUGGAGGGGAAGGACGAGCUGACGCCCUGGGAGGAGUUCCUGCAGAAGAAGAAGGAGCAGAGGAAGCAGAAGAAAUCUCAGAACAAACAGGAGGCGGCAGAGGACGAACUCAGCGACGAUGAACUUCCUCCAGACGUUGACCUCAGCGAAGCUUUCUUCACCGAGGAGCUCGGUGCGACAGAUCUGAAGAAACAGAGGAAGAAGAAGAAGAAGCUGGAGGAAGAGGAGCGAACGGCUGAGGAGGAAGAAGAGCUGGAGAAACAAAAGGCGGAGAUGAGUCUGCUGAUGGAGGACGACGCAGACGAGAAGAAGCACAAACACUUUAACUUUGAUCAAAUCGUGGAGCAGCAGAACUUGAGCAAGAAGAAAAGGAAGAAGCUGCUGAAGAAGGGGGAGGAGCCUCUGGAGAACGACCACUUCCAGGUGGAUGUUAAAGACCCUCGCUUCCAGGCCAUGUUCACGUCGCACCUGUUCAACCUGGAUCCGUCCCACCCCAGCUUCAAGAAGACCAGAGCCACCCAGAGCAUCGUGGCCGAGAAGCAGCGCAGGCGAGAGGAGCAGCGGCGGCGGAGGGACGAUGACCUCAGCGCUCAGACGGCCACGCGGACAGAGGCCUCCGCCGAAGCUAAACAGGAAGUGGCGGGAACGAAAUCGCAAAGUGACUCUGAUGCUGUGACGGCGAAGAAGCCCAUGGAUCCGAGUCUGUCUCUGCUCGUCAAGUCAAUCAAAAGCAAAACGGAGCAGUUUCAGGCUCGAAAGAAACAGAAGCUCGUGUAGGUUCGAGGUUGUGACGGACCGAGACUCUUUCCUGAGUUUAUACAGGAAAACAACAGGAAGUAGAUGUGAAAGAGUUGAAACGAAGGUCACAAUCAUGAAGUUCAUCUAAACAAACAUCUGCAGGGUUUGAACAGUCGUCAAAGUUUGAGAUGGUUUAUAAUAUUUAAUGAAUCAGAUUUAAAGAUGUUUCCACACAUGAGCGGUGAAAAAUGUUGUGUAGUCAUGUUGUGUAGUCAGUGUGUGUAGCAGAUUGU